UGUGUCGUCAAUGUUUGACCUCUCGGUUUGUGACAUGAGCCGUGAGCGGCCGCACGGUGAAGUCAGGAGAGCAAGAUAAAAUGCAAAUACUCAUCUUUUGAUUGUUGUCGCCAUACAGGGUGUUGUCAGAGUAAACACACGGCACAAUGGUGAAGUAUUUCUGCUGCGCAGGUUUGCUCAAAAGCUCCUGGGACCAAGUUUGUGUUGCUUUCUGGCAACGUUAUCCCAACCCUUACAGUAACCAUGUUUUGACCGAGGACAUCAUUUUCAGAGAGGUCACUCCAACCAACUGCCUCAUUUCAAGACGUCUGUUGACCAAAACUAGCCGAGCACCUCACUGGAUGGAGCGGUACCUUCCAAAGCAAAUGUCCAGCUCAGCGUACAUCAUUGAGGACUCUAUUGUGGACCCUGAGAAAAAGACCAUGACCACACUCACGUGGAACAUCAGCCACGCUCGCCUCAUGUCCGUGGAAGAGAGGUGCGAGUACCGAAUAAACCCUGAGAAUGGCAGCUGGACAGAGAUAAAAAGAGAAGCUUGGAUAUCUUCCACUGUCUACGGGCUUACUAGAGCUAUUCAGGAAUUUGGUCUUGCAAGGUUCAAGACCAGUGUUACAAAGACCAUGAAAGGAUUUGAAUAUGUGCUGGCCAAAAUGCAAGGUGAAACUCCAUCUAGAACCUUAGCAGAAACUGCUACAGAGCGAGCAAGAGAGACAGCACUGGCAGCUAAAGAGAAAGCCAAAGACCUUGCCUCACACGCCCAGAAGAAACAAUAUGUGUGACGAGCUACAUAGAUCAUCGCUUCUUUUACCACUGAUACCGGGACCGAUUUAUCUUUACCCCCCAUGGUUCAGCUGAGGUAAGAGAAACUGAUCCCGGUCAUGGGUAGACACCUCUGUGAGGAAGCAUCGAACUGAAAUGGUGGGUGGACCAUAAAAGGCCUGAGCUGGGUUCAAGAGCCUGUUCCAGCCUCCCUGUUUGUGUCACGCUGAAUACACUGUACCUUUGAUACCAGAUCAUCUCAUUGUUAACCACAGGUGGAGAUCUUAGAAAGGAAUGGUUGAAUAUGGCUCUGGGUGCCAUAAAAUGAUUAUAGCACUUUACCAACCUUGAUACUGUUCCUCAGACCUUUGGUCAACCUCUGUGCCCAUCAACCACAUUUGCUUUUUACUCAGUUCCUUUGAGUAUGACAUGUUAUUUUGUAAUAGCUUUGUAUUAUUACCAGCUUCUUAUCCAGAAGCUAAAAUUAGCAUAACGAAUAUCUGAUUGAUGCAAAUUAUUGUGUAUGAUUUCCUUCAGUUGUAUGUUUUGUUAUCAUGUUACGUUUUAGUUCAGUUCACCCAACCACACCUUAAUCAUCCUACCAAGACUGACUGCUUCAAGUUGAAGUUCAUGAAGAAGGAGGGUCCAUAUUGUUGGCACUCAUAGCUUGAUAAGAACUUUACAUACUUAUAUUGUGUUAAGAUCUGUUUGCAAUGGAUGUCAGUGUCAUUGCAUAAAUUAAAAAGUCUGUGUACAAAGGCAAAACUGAUACCUUGUACUGUACACUCAGCUUAGCUCUGAUGAUACAACCCAUGCAACAAUCUGCUCUUAUUGUAUGAAUAUCAGCUUGUUAAUAAAUGGACAGUUUCUUUGUAA